AUGCGUUUCAUGCACUCAGUGUGGGAGUUGCACAGCAAGAUCUUCCAGAACUAUUUCAACUGGUGCAAGCAUGUGGGCCUACCCCGCCGACCUGUGUCACAGUCUGAGAGAUUCCGAAACAAGGAGCCUUACACAGAUGAAAUCAUCAUCAUGCUCAUGAAUGAGCUGGCACUUUUUUAUUGCAUCUGGACUGAGGGGGCAAAUGUUCGGUACAUGCCCGAAGUCAUGUGUUUCAUUUUCUGGACAAUGAGAUUCAGCCCAGUCUUCUCAGAGCUGGAUGGCCCUUUGGAUGGCAAGAAAGGGAAAGGAAUUGGGGGGGAGUUUAUCCCUGUGCCUGUGGAUCCCAAUCAGGAGGUCCGUAAUUUGCGUCAAGAGCGUGAGCAACUUCGAAAGGUGUACUGGGCCUUCAUUGCUACCAUUAGGAGGGAUCGGAGUGGAAGCAUUGAUGACGUGACACCUACAGAGGUGAUGAAAAAGGCAGGCAUCGAAGAAAACCAGGUGCAUCUUUUAGUGGAGAUCAUCGUCAACGGCGAUGGAGGCCAAUUCACAGACUUGGUCAUACAGCCCAUUUUCAACUUCUUGGCUCAUGAGCUUGACCAUCUUGGCGGCGUGAAGGGAGUGGAAAGCAUGAUACGCAUCAACUACGACGAUGUUAACGAAUCGCUGACCAAUGCACGCAAUGUUGAAAGGACAUUGAAAAAGUUGGGAAUCUCCAGCUCAGAGUGUCGGGAAAUCAACAAAGCGUAUGAAAGCAUAUGUGACCUACCUUUCCGAAAGGUGGGCGAAGGCGAAUCCAAGGUCUACGAUUUUGAAGAGGCACUUUAUGGCUUUGAUGGGUUCAACACCUCGUGCUUGUUGACUGGGCCAACCCCAGCCGAAGAGGGUAUGGACAAUGAAGAAAAGGAGGCCUGUGCAGGCAUCACUGGAUUCAUUGCCGCUCACACCUCAGUGUUGCUGACCCAUGCACUCUUGCAAGCACUAGAACGCCUGGCAGCCGGGUACCUGUCGAAGCCUGUCAAGGAUCCUGCUGAGAGACGUGCGCAAAAAGCACAACGGAGGCACAGGAACUAUACGGACCUUGAGGCUCCAGAAGAAGAUUCCACAACAGAGAAUGCCAAGGCCAAGAAGAGUAACCGGAGAAAAGAGGCAGAUCAAGCACCCAACAUCCCAAUAGAAGGCCAGCCAUUUGGAGUAUACCUCUCAGGGGUGAUCUGGCUGGGUGUCUUCUUUGCGAUGCUUGGCAUAUUUGUGUUUCAGUUUCUGAAGCCUGAGAGCAUUGGCUUCUGGGUGGUCGUCUUGGCAGUCAAGAUUGUGUUUGACUACUUCUUCAUAAUCGAUCCGCUUGCUCUUUCGCUACAAUCACUAUCCAGAGAAGGCUGGCUGGCAGCGUUCUUUCCAAAUGGCAUAUCCAUCCUGGGGACGUCCAUAACCGUGCCCAGUGAUAGCGACUUCUUGCUCGUGAUUGUCCGCUCUAUCCCAUCAUUCCUGGUGAUUUUGGUGGACACAAGUGUGUUCUACAUGCUUGGUGCUGUUGCUUUCGGCAUGAUUCGGGGAGUGGUACUUCUCAACUUGGGCGUUGUGAGCAACUGGUCAGAAGUGCAGCGUGAGUUUAGAAGGUGUCCACACAAGUGGUGGGAACGUUGUGUUUCCUCAGAUGGGCACAAGAACAUAAAGGAGAAACUGGGAAAGACCAGGAUGCUCCUGCCCCCAGAGGAUAUCUUUCCAAUUCCUGAAAUGGAGCAGAUGGAAGGCAAGGACAAGAAGAACAGAAAAAAGAGAAAAGACAAGAAGCCGAAGAGCAAAAGGAAGCAACAGCCGCCCGGCGAGGAAAUGUACGAUGUGUUUGCAGACACCUGGAACUCGAUUGUUGGAGACUUGCGUGAAGCUGACCUCAUCUCAAAUGCUGAGUUGGACAACCUGAAGUUUGUCAAGAUGAGGUGGCAUGAGAGUCUCUUCAAGAACCAUGUGAAGGCGCUGCUGCAACCCGUGUUUGUGUAUGCUGGCCAGCUUGAAAAGGUGACGGAAAUCCCAAGGCCAACACCAGCCCAUAUGCACAUCAUAACUGAGACGCGGGACAUUCUCUUAUGGCUUGUUGGACAGCUUGGAUGGCUCAAUAGAGAUACUUGCGAAGCUGCCAGGAACAUUUUCUUCCUGGGGGAGCCCUAUGACAGGCACCACAGGAUGUCCCGACGCGAGCUUUUGAAGGCUGUGAAGAGUCUGCUCACAGCCAUCCAGGAUGUGUCCCAACACAGCAGCGAGAAUAUAGACACCCAGCCCACAAGGAUUGCCUUGGAGAACGUCCUCAAAGGUAUGAUCAAUGAACGGGAUGCGCUGAAAGACCACAAGGGCUCACAGCAUGUCAGCUUGGGGCAGAGGUAUCUGAGAGACAACAUAUCCAAUCUGGAAAAGCUGUGCAAAACGAUCAGGAAUGAAGUUUUGGGUGAUGAAGGUGCACUUCAGGCUGGGCUGCAGCGAAUUGCCAUGGACACUGAAGGCGAUGCUGCAGUCGAUCGUGCCCUUGAUGAAGUGGAAAAUGAAUUUGCACAAGACGAUUAUGCUCCUAAGAGUCUGAUGGUGAAAUUCGUCAAUGGCCUCGUCCGCAGAAUGAACACCACCCGUGUGGCCGCUAGCCCAUCAGGCCAUGAGGCACGCCAAUACCUCACAUUCUUCGUGACCAGCCUGUUCAAUCCCAUGCUGCGGUCACCGCCUCCGCUUGUACAGAUGUUAUCCUGGACAACCUUGGUACCGAUUUAUGAGGAAGAUAUCAUCUAUGCCAUGGAGGCUGAUGAAACUGCCCGUGCAGUUGGAGGGGACACCCCACGAAAGGGGAUGGCGAAAAUCACAGACCUCUUGUCUGAGACCCACACACGGCUGCCCUUGCUGUCCUAUCUCAUGACAGUGUACCCCAAGGACUGGAUGAAUUUCCUUGAGAGAAUGCGUGACAAGUACAAUGUCAGCAUGAGCGACCCUAAGGCUGUUACAGGUGAAGAAUUCCUGCAUGAGGGCGAAUAUCAUCACCUGCAGACGGAUCUGCAGCUGUGGGCUUCUCACCGUGGGCAGCUGCUUGCCAGAACGGUACGUGGAAUGUUGGCAUAUGAGAAGGCUCUCAAGCUAAUAUGUCUCUUAGAGCACCCACGCACUGAGGCUGUCUCUGAGGAUGAGUAUGAGCUGAUGAUUGAAGAACUUGUUGCUGCAAAAUUUCGGUGUGUCAUUGCCGCCCAAGUGUAUGGUCGCAACAAGAGGAGCCGUGUCCUAAAACACCGCUGGGAUGCGAGGGCCAUCCAACUGCUGUGCUGCAGGCAUCCAUCUCUCCGGGUGUCCUACCUUGACACAGAAACGAUGGAAAAUGAGUACGUCCAGUAUGCUGUGCUCAUUCGCGGAGCAGGCAUCUCAUAUUUUGAUGGACCAGAGCACCCCAAUCCUUCGCAAGACAAGUACACCAUGGAGGAGGUAUACCGCAUAAGGUUGCCAGAGAACAAAUUCACUGCUCGUGGCAUCAUUAUUGGUGAAGGCAAGCCUGAGAAUCAAAACCAUGCUAUUCCCUUUGCAUUUGGGGAGUGCCUACAAACGAUAGACAUGAACCAAGACAACUUCCUCCUGGAAGCACUGAAGAUGCGCAACCUGUUGAAUGAGCUGUCCUAUCCAGAAUACAAUCCCUCUGAGGCCUCCACGCCAAAGACCUGCAAGCAGUUGCAAAACAACCUCAAGAAACGCCUGGAAAAGAAGAUGGUCAACAUCCCAAUCUUGGUUGGUUUCAGGGAGUGGAUCUUCUCACAGAAAGCAGGUGCCCUUGGCGGGUUCGCUGCUGGGACUGAAUUCGCAUUUGGAACAAUCCUGCAGCGGACGAUGACGUUUCCUGGACGGGCCAGAUUCCAUUAUGGCCAUCCUGACGUGUGGAACAAGAUUUGGGUCAUGACCAGAGGCGGUAUUAGCAAAGCAACAAGGAAUCUACAUGUCUCAGAGGAUGUCUUUGGUGGAUUCAAUGCUGGUCUUAGGGGUGGCAAAGUCACCUACAGAGAUUACAUCUCUGUUGGCAAGGGUAGGGAUAUGGCCUUUGUGUCCAUCAAUGGGUUUGAGAUCAAGAUCUCUGGUGGAAAUGGGGAAGUCUGCAUCUCCCGAGAUGCGUACCGACUAGGAACGCGAACUGACUUCUUCAGGAUGCUCUCGAUCUAUUACUCUGGUCCUGGCUUCUUCAUCAACAACGCCAUACUCAUGACGACCGUUUAUGUGCAGCUUUGGGUGCUGGCUGUGCUGGCACUUGCUGGGGCAUACCUGGUGGAGAGGGACGUGGGCGUCGAUCCUGAUGCUGAGGAUGAGGAACUAGCCUCUGGGCGUCGGCUUCUUGGACUUGCGGAAGAUGCUGCGAUUGGCAGGGAGCUCCUGCAGGGGAUCUAUGAUUAUGAUGCAUCGACCUACGGCUCAGGCUAUGAUUCGGCCUAUGGUUCGGCCUACGAUUAUUCCAAUCCACCCCCACAACUGCCACCGCCCUCAUCAAAUGGCAACAACAACAAUGGCAACAACAACAGUAAUGACAAUGGGAACAACAACAGCAACAACGACAAUGUCAACAGCAAUGGAAACAACAACAAUAACAACAAUCCUAAUACGACAAGUGUUGUACAAGCUGUGGACACUGCUGUUGAGAUCACAUCCAUCGUGCAGCUGGGUAUGUUGACAGUUAUUGCCUACAUUGGGGAGCUUCUCCUGGAGCUUGGGCUGCUGCAGACGGCGGCUGUGGUGUUGCUGCAGGUCAUUUCUGGUUCGCUGGCAUUCUUCAUCUUCAAACAACAGACAGAUGCUGCUGCAUUUACUGAGGACAUGAACUAUGGUGGGGCACGUUAUGUGGGAACUGGAAGAGAGUUUGCUCUGUCCCACAACCACUUCAUCUCGCUGUAUGGUCGAUAUGCAAGGAGUCAUCUGUACUUUGCGGCCAAGCUGAUCCUGCUGUGUGUGAUGCUUGGCAUUCUGGAUAUCCCGGGAUAUGCCUUUGCAACUUUUGGAUCAUGGAUGGUGGCGAUCUCUUUGGUAACCGCACCAUUCUGGUUCAAUCCGAUGCAAUUUGUCAUGUCCCAAACCAAGGCGGACUACAAGCAGUGGGUGAGGUGGAUGGAGGGUGAGGAGAGAGACCCAGACAGCAAACUGACCUGGUACACGUGGCACGAUCAAAUGAUGUCCAAGAUAAGGAAUGAGAGUGCGAACAUGACAGAUCAUUGGCUCAAUGGUGCGAAGGGGAUCAUCAGCAACCUCUGCACGAAUGGCCUCCUGGCCAUGGCGGCCAUCUCACAGAUAGAGACAGCAGAAGACACGAGCGCCAUCUACCUCUGGGCUGCAGUGUCUCUGGUGCUCGCCAUCGUGGUGGCCCUGUCCAUUCUGCUGCAGACUUGCUUCCACCACAGGGAGAAGGUCACAGCCUCACGGGUUUUUCGCAUGUUGCCAGUCAUUUUCUUCCUCAUCGUCACUGCUAUUCUGUCUGAGGCGAAGAUCGGAGCACAGACAGAGGACGGCAAGAUCGGGCUGGGGAACCUGCUGCUGAUCUACUACGCCGAUCUGGUGCUGAUCAUCUUCGGCAUCCAGGUCAUGCAGCGCACCCACCAGGACCGCAUUGGCGUUCGCCAUGCUGUCGACCAGGCGUACUACGUGCUCGACUACUUCCUUGGUGUUGUUAUCUUUGGGGUGCUGUUCGUGUUUUCGUUCACGGGCAUCAUGAACAUUGUCCAGAACACGUUGCUGUUCAACGUGACAUUUGCGUCAUCUAUCCGGAACAAGGAGCUGGUGGAUGCCAUCGGAUUCGACAGGGACGUGGAGAGGGACGACGCCAGCAAGCACGGUAGCCGUGGCAAGGAGAGGUCCCUCGCGGAGCGCUUCCAGAGGCUCACCGACUGCACCAGCCCGCUGGCGCACUCCAGCCCCAGGGGCGGCGCCCCGAAGGAGGGCACCUUUACCAAAACUUGGACGAGCGGCGCCUGGCGGACCGUGGGCCCCAAGAACCUGCAGCUUGAGGGCCUCCGGGCUUCGUCCUUCACUGGUGGUGUGACAGACAGGAAGAUGGACUCCAUGGACAUGGUUUCUUGGGUGUCCAUGCCGCCCUUUGGGCAGCAGGCGAAGCAGGAUGAUGACGAAGAUGACGACUAUGGUGAUGGCGACGACGAUGGGGGGCUGUCAAUAGCUGAGGUCCUUGAGAUACCCGAUCGAGGGAACGACGCGGAGAAGCAGAUGCUGCUGUGA